AAUACUUAUUUGACUGGCCCACUAACCAUGUUGACCUUUGUAACUCUAACCCUUGGCGCAUUGAACCAUCGAGGUCAGCAUUGUGUGUUGUAAGAAGACGAUGUACGAUGUCGUCUGACAACGCUUCCAACACCCUGGGUUUCCUCAGCCGACAUGUGUUCACCACGGCCCUGUGGUGCGCUGCGGCUCUCUGCGUGGUUGUGCUGCUGAAGGGUACGGUGGCUGUGGUGCGGUCUCUGCGGAACCUGUGGGCCCUGGAGAAGGUUUUCCCCGUCCCGCCGAGAGCACACUGGCUGCUGGGGCACAUGGUGUUUCUAAGUCAAGGUGAUCGUCACAUCCAUGAGAUAACGUCGGAAUGGUUCCGACAAUAUCAGCGUGGGUACAUCUUUAGACACGGUGCAGCGAUGGGGCGACUGGUAGUAACCCAUCCAGACGACGUGCGAGCGGUACUGAUGCGGACAGACCAUAAGCUCGAAAUCUUCUACGGCAUGUUGAGACCAUGGCUUGGUGAUGGUCUCCUUCUAAGUAGCGGGCCCAAGUGGUUCCGGAACCGCCGCCUCCUCACACCGGGCUUCCACUUCGAGAUCCUCAAGCCGUACGUUAGGCUCUUCUCGGAGAGCACAAACGUCAUGCUGGAUAACUGGAAAGAUCUGAAGCCUGGGUCAUCCAUUGACGUGUUUCACUACCUGAGUCUGAUGACGUUGGACAGCAUGCUGAAGUGUACACUCAGUCAAAACACCAACUGCCAGACCAGGAAUACCAACGACUACCUCUCAUCCAUCCACGAACUAGCUGAGCUGGCAAUACAGAGAGCGAGGUCCAUUGUUUAUCUUCUGAGCGACUUCGUGUAUGGCCUCUCGCCUAGUGGAAGAAGGCAUAAGGCCGCCUGCAGCACUGUUCACAAGUACUCGGAAGAAAUCAUUCGCCAGCGUAAAAACGCUCUGAAGAAACAGUCUGAUGGAGACAGGGCCAAGAAGUAUCUGGACUUUCUUGACAUUCUGUUGAGGGCAAAGGAUGAAGAUGGAAACGGCCUGACUGAUGCUGAGAUCCGUGACGAGGUGGACACCUUCAUGUUCGAGGGACACGACACCACAGCCAGCGGGCUGGCCUGGACCCUGUACUGUCUGGCUCGUCAUCCGGGACAUCAGGAGAAGUGCAGGAAGGAGGCACAGGAAGUACUACAGGGGAGAACGGAAGUGACGUGGGAAGACCUACCGUCGAUGAAAUACAUCACGUUGUGUGUGAAGGAGAGCCUGAGGCUGUACCCUGCGGUUCCGGAGAUAUUACGAACCGUGGAAACACCUCUUACCUUCAGCGAUGGGAGGACCGUACCCGAAGGAUCACAAGUGUAUAUCAAUCUACGUCUUCUUCACCGUAACCCACAUAUCUGGGAAAAGCCGGAGGAGUACGAUCCUCUGCGGUUUUCACCUGAGAACUCCAAGGGCAGACAUGCAUAUGCCUUUGUUCCCUUCUCAGCAGGCCCAAGGAACUGUAUCGGACAGCACUUCGCCAUGAACGAGUUGAAGACAGCUGUUGCGCUCAUCCUGCAGCGGUUCAGUCUAACUCCUGACGACACCCUACCGGAGCCCGUUGUUCUAGACAGGAUGGUCCUUCGAGCCGAUAGUCCAGGUCUCUACCUCAAGAUCACACCUAUUGAGAUGGAAUAAGUGCCUGGUGGUCUGCGGUUGUAGUAGUCUGUCAUCAGAUACUGAAGUCAAUCACAAACAACAGUUCGGAGACCUCAUACCUCCACAUGAAAUAUCAAGAGCAUUUGGAUUUUUUUUGCUUCACCUCGUCUCAUUCAUUAUGCACAAAACUGUAGCUAGCACAUUACUCUAUGUUGGUACUCCAUAGUGCGAAAGUCCUUUUCUCUGGCAGAAUUCCACAUUUACAUUUCAUCAUAGAUCGUGCAAUGUCACUUUUGAUUGAAUUACACGCCUCACAAGAAUGGAAUUAUAUACUAGUAAGGAUUUAUGGCGCUUUUGUAUUGAUUAGG